AUGGGGCCCGAUGUUGCAAAGCCUGACACUGUUAGCAAUCUUACAGUAGUUAAUGUUACAACCUCCUCUAUAUUACUGUCCUGGACUCAGUCAAUGGGGAAAAUCUUUUAUUAUGUAAUCCAAUAUGAGAAUAACAGUGCCACAAUCAAUAACACUGCUGAAAGCACCAUGAUAAACAUAACUGAUCUGACUCCUGGAGUGCAGUACACGUUCACAGUGUUUGCAGUUGCUGGAGAUAAUAAAACUGAAGGAAUUUACAGCUGCAUAUCUGCCUACACAAAGCCUGAUGUUGCACGUGACCUCAAUGUGACCGAAAUUACAACGAGCUCAGUGUUUCUGAACUGGACUGAACCAAUAGGAAAAAGAUCUUUCUUUAAAGUACAGUGGAGCAAUGAAAGCAUCACUUUAAAUUUAACAACAACCUCAAACACUUCCUUUAACAUUACUGAUCUCAAUCCUGGAGUCAGUUACACCUUCCUCAUAUCUGCUGUUGCUGCAGAUAAUAUAACAAAAGGAGAAGUGAUUGGUCUUUCAGCUUAUACAAGACCUGACACUGUUAGCAAUCUUACAGCAGUUAAUGUUACAACCUCCUCUAUAUUACUGUCCUGGACUCAGUCAAUGGGAAAAAUCUCUUAUUAUGUAAUCCAAUAUGAGAAAAUCCAGUAUGAGAAAACAAUUAAUAACACUGGUGAAAGCCCCAUGAUUAACAUAACUGAUCUGACUCCUGGAGUGCAGUACACAUUCAGAGUCUUUGCAGUUGCUGGAGAUAAUAAAACAAAAGGAAAUUCCAGCUGCAUAUCUGCCUACACAAAGCCUGAUGUUGCACGUGACCUCAAUGUGACGGAAAUUACAACAAGCUCAUCGUUUCUGGACUGGACUGAACCAAUAGGAAAAAGAUCUUUCUUUAAAGUACAGUGGAGCAAUGAGAGCAUUACUUUAAAUUCAACAACCUCAAACACUUCCUUUAACAUUACUGAUCUCAAACCAGGAGUCAAUUACACCUUUCUCAUAUCUGCUGUUGCUGCAGAUAAUAUAACAGAAGGAGAAGUGAUUGGUUUUUCAGCUUAUACAAGUAUGUUUCAGAGAAUAUGUUUUGUCUUCUCCCUGGAUGACAAAAGGAAUUUCUGAACAAAGUUAAUGUAAACUUUAUGGGUUUCUUUUG